UUGUGUCAGACGUCGAUCACUUUCCUUGCACAAGGCACUGACUCCACUGAUGACUUUGGAGGAAGGAAACUCUUCAGCUUCCGUUGGGUAACACCCUGAGUAUCCCUGAUUGGGAUACCUUUGCGCAGGAUGUCAGGUGGUAGCUGUACGUCACGUAGCUUCAGACAUUGUCAACGUCUAACGACCCUACUGCAGCUGCCGUGUCGAUGCCCGUGCUGCCUGCGAUGCUACAGGUGAGCAAGGGGCCGCUCUCGGCCAGUCUGCUGGAGGUGCGAGUGCAUGGGCAGCUGCUGGACAAGCGACGGGUUGGACAUUUGAUGGAAUUUGUUACUGUACAUGCAGCAGAAGGGGUUGGUUUCCAAGAGAGCAUUGAACAACUCACAGAUUGCGAAAGAACAGAACUUUGGAACAUCUGGGAACCCAAGAUCAAUCAUUUGAUAUAGUUUUUCAACGGGCGGAAAACAUCCGAGACCCAUUUUUGGCAAAACAUAACAUUUGCCAACAACAUUCUUAAUUAAGGGUUAUAUAAAGUGAAGGUUGUCGUCAGUGUGACAAACCGGGAUCCCGAACUUUAUGACCUCUUUCGAUUGAUGAAUUGUCCUUCAUUGUUUGUUGCAUGUUGCGUAUUGUUGCAUUAGUUUGCCAGCCGUAACAACACACGCACUGCAGACACACACACACCCACACACAUGUUCAACUCUUUCUUAUCAGCACAGUAUUGUCUGCAUUUGUUUUUGCCGAUUCUGUAAAACGUUGACCUUCAUUUCGGGCCAUGUGUUCCACUUGUUUCCCUCAAUGUCGACAAUUUCUGUUAACCUUUCCGAUUUCUCGCAAGGCCUACAUGGCACGCUUUGAGCUCUCCAAAGAUCAGGUGCUGGAGCAAAAGCAAGCCUUUGACGUCUUGGAUCUCGAUGGAAAUGGGAAGAUCACCUUCCAAGAGGUCAAGGAGAUGAACCAGAAGCUGGGCACGCCCAUGUCCGAGCAGGAGCUGUCCGAGCAAUUCAUCACACUUGACAUUGACGGCAAUAACAUCGUGACCUUCCCGGAGUUUCUUAAAGUCUUCGUGAAGGGAGAGUUUGGGAGAGAUGUGAUGCUUCCCAACGUGGACGAAACCAUACAAGUGACCGAUUUGGCAGCGCCGGAGGUCCGACCUCGGGCGGCCAGCUGCACGUUGGACCCUAUCGACGAGUCCAAAAUCGUCAUGAAGCUUUCCAAGCAAAAGAGUGCCGGCUACUAUGUGCGAGCGGCGAAGCAGAUGCUCACAGGGUCUCAGGACAAAGCAGCUUUUGACCUCGUGGAACUCAAUGCCCUGGGCCACGCCAUCCCACAUGCCACUACAGUGGCGGCCGCGCUGGUGGAGGAGAAGCUGGCACAGGUCGCAUCGAUCCACACCGGCUUACAGGAGGUCCCCGACAGCGGUCGGCAUUGCAGGGAGUCCGAGUUAUUUUUUCCAUGCCGGGAUCCGUCGGGGCACUGGUCAUAGAUGUCCCUUAAGCCGACUUAAGCCUUAAUCAUUGCAUUUCACAGAAUGUGUUUCAUUUUUUGCAUGAAAAACAUGAUGGACGGAUGAAAAAAAACAAAAUGUUGUAGGCGUCAUCAUUUUUUGCAUGAUAUAUCGUGACAAUAUCAUGUAAAUCCAAUUGAAACUCGUGGCGACUUGAUCCGAACCUCGCCACCCCGGGGUCUAGCGUAUGGUGUGCCGGCGACUCGCAUGGGGGGCAACUUCUAAUUCACGUUGGUGGCGUAGAUGCCAAGAACAUCCAAGAACAAAGGCAAUCCCAGAUCAGCCCAGAUAAUGCCCAACUAUGGUGAUCCGGAUGUCGAAGACAGCUGGAAGCUGACGGGCGAAUUUUCAUUGGGGAAGGGUUAAGAAAUCAAUAGAAUUCUGUAUAUUCAUCAAAACA